AUGACGUCUCAAACGUCGGCCGUCCUCGUUGCAGUGCGCGUCCGCCCGUUCAACUCCCGGGAGGCUCCUCACGAAUGUACAGUUACCGUCACGGAUCCGCGUACCAUCACGCUGACUGAUGUCGGUCAGGUUAAUCGGUUUAGCACAAGUGUAAGUGGCAGCAUGCAACGCCACGUCUUUACGUUCGACAAAAUUUUCUGGAGUGUUCCCGGUUGUGUUCUACCACUUCCUACGACACCCAGUGGGCACAGUCAACAGAUGCCGUCCGCGAGCUCCAUUAGGUUAUCAGUAGCGGAUAGUUCUUCGACACAUUCCCCCUCCCCUACAGAGUCGCCAACGGUGCGAAGGAGUAGCAACAGCAGUGAUGCAAGUGUGCCUUGUGCUGCUCCGACGGCGGAGGUUUCUGUCAGUGCAAUAACAUGCGUAAGACCUUCAUUUCAUCGUUUGCCGUGCUUUGCGCAGACCCCAAGUUGUGAUAAUCAGACUUCUGUCUAUUCAUUUAUCGGCCCGCUAAUGUAUGACUCGGUUAUGACCGGGUAUAACUCAUGUUUGUUUGCGUACGGUCAGACAGGGAGCGGCAAAACCUACAGCAUGAUUGGGCCCCAUGACAGUUUUUCGGAGAAGGGUGAUCAGAGAGGGAUUAUUCAGCGACUGUGCGAAGACCUCUUCGAUAUGAUGAGGCGUGAGCGUGAAGAGGAUGAAGGAAUCUCCUACAACGUGGAAUGUAGCUUUUUGGAGAUUUAUUGUGAACGCGUGCGUGAUCUACUCACCCACACCACGUUUCACAGUACUAAUGACGAUUAUUCUGCUCCUAACGUUACCACGAUGGGCCCACCGUCGAAUUUGCGCUCUAAGACCUCGCCGUCUCAGUCGUUGGUGCUGACACCUCGGCAAGGUUCUUCUAAUCCCUCCCCUCAACUUCGAAUUCGGCAGCACCCGACGCAUGGACCAUAUGUCGAGGGUCUUUCCCAUGUUAAGGUGCGUGACGUGGAAGGUGUCAUGCACCAACUGACUUGUGGAAUGCGAGAACGUGCCACCGCGGAAACACGUAUGAACGAACACAGCAGCAGGAGCCAUGCAUUACUGCAGCUCAAUAUCACACGUGUGUCGGCCGUGCGAGAGGAGGAAGCUGUUGUCACACGAACGCGUGUAUGUAAGGUUAGUCUCGUGGAUCUCGCGGGAAGUGAACGGAUUUCGCAGUCAGGUGCUACAGGUGACCGCUUCGAGGAGGCUCGUAACAUCAACCUAUCCCUUACAACACUUACUCGUGUAAUAAUGCAACUCACGGACAAACAGGCGGGGAAGAACGUGGUGCCUAGUUACAGGGACAGCGCGCUCACGUGGCUUCUAUCAGACAGCCUGGGUGGUAACAGCAAGACAAUUAUGCUUGCUACGGUGGCUCCUAGCGCGUACUGCUAUCAGCAGACGCUGAAUACACUUCGUUUUGCCGGCGUUGCGAAGACGGUGAUCAAUGUGGCCACGGUCAACGAAGACCAGCGCUUCCAGAAAUUGAUUACGUCCUUGAGGGAGCAGAUUGUAAAGCUCACUAUGCAGGUAGAGGAGGGGAGGAUACUUGAUCCUCAAAAUAGCGAAAUAAGGAAGUUGCGUCGAGAUAAAGGUGAGCUGGAGACGCAGCUUGAAGCCAUGCGGAUAAAAGUGUCCAAAAUGGUGCCCGCAACUGAUUUGGAGAUUCUCCGGCGGCGUGUGGCAGAGACUGAGGAAGAGAACACACGACUUCACGCGGAAAAGUGCAAUUUACAGCGGCAGCUUAUGACCACCACGACGAAUCUCCGUGAAGAGUUGAUAAGGCGGCGAUCGGAGAUUGUUAAAUUGCAGGAGAUGCUCUCAAAGAAGGACGUAGAGGUGCAGGAGUGGAAGCGUCGUCACCAUUCGGAAGUGUUGCGAGGCGGCAAAGCGACACCACAGUCAACUGUACAAUUGUCUCGAGGUCGUGCCGCUUCUGGAGGAAGGGCAGCGUCACCCAGUGGUGCCUUCAAAUCCAAUAAUAGCUCAAAAUGUGGUAUGCUCAAGACUGAUGUUGCUAGUAUUAGCAGUGAUUCGAUUGUUGAGGGAGAUGCCGACUCCGGUUGCGCAGCUGUUGGCGAGCUGCAGUUUCGCAACCAACAAUUAGAGCGUCGGGUAGAGAAGCUAACGGAGAGUGUGAAAGAGGAGCAGAAGCGCCGUGAAGACGUGGAAAAGGUGAAUCAUAAUCUGCGAUUUGAACUACGCGAGCUGCAGAAGCUACGUGAUGCUACAAGAGGACAGUUAGAGGAGGCACAACGUCGGCUCACUGAAAAGUCUCAUGCACUGGAGGCCGCAGAGAGUGAUUUGGCGUCCACGCGGACGUUACUAAGUACUGAGCGGAAUGGGAGCUGUGCCAGUGAAAGGGAAGCCCUACUCACCACACAGUUGGAAGACCUUCGUGUGGAGUACUUGGGGGAAAAACAGUCCAAUGUGGGCCUACUAAUGCGUGUGUCUCACAUGGAACAACAGUUGUUUCUUUCCCAGCAGGAGGCAGAAAUAAAGUCACGGGAUGUUGGUGAGCUUGAGCAAAUGCUCUUGGAGGAGACGGAGACAUCUGAGCGGUACUAUAUUUUUCAACUUUAUUACAGUGGGAAGGCCAACAUAUGUCACGCUUUCCAUCAGAAGAUCCUACUCGUUAAAAGUCUCGAACCCACAAAUAGUGUUGGGGUCGUCACUGGAGUGACACGGCGCUCUUCCUUCUCCGACGGGCCAAGCGUGUGCGUACGAGCGCUGCGCGACUGCGAGUGUAAUGAGGGAUGUAGACGGCUGCUGCUAGUGGAAGAGUGGUUCAAUACCGUGUUGGACCUUGCAGCGCAACGGCACGCGAUGUGGAGAUGGUCGGCUUCCGCGUUAAGUGACGAGAUACUGUCACUGCGGAUUAACUUUGCAGAGGGUGAGGAAAAGCAGCAACGACUUCUUCGGAAGUUAGAGACUGCGGAAAUUUCCCUGGAGGAGGCGAUAGCGGUCAGAAAUUCCGUUCAGGCGACACUCAGUACCACUGUGGAGCAAUGCGAGGAACUUAAACGACAGGUAGAGGACUUGAAGGAGGAGCUUCAGGCGCAGCAGCAGCGCAACGAGAUGCUUAUCACCAGAAUUGCGGAGGUACAGGCAGUGCGUGACGUGUUCGGUGAACCGUCGCUGAGUGUUGACGAUCCUGUUAGUGGUCUCACCUUAGAUGGUAGAGGUGAGGAAUACCAACGUUUUAGCCGAGGUAGUGGUGAAAGGAGUUUAGAAGAUCUAUCGAGUGAGAUGACACUGUACAAAGAGAGGGUAGAUAUGUUAAGUGCCCAACUAGAAAGUGAACGCAAUCGCAGUCACGAUCUUCAAGUCGAGAUGGAGCGUGAGUUGGAAAUACGGCAGCAGGAGGUACAGCGUGUGAAGAGUAGUUGUAAGGCCUCAUUGUUUGAGAGCACGCAAAUUGUGCGAGAGUACGAGGCGCGGUUACAGGAAUUGCAGGAUGUGAUUGAGACGUUGCGUACUGCCUUAGCGGAGGAGAGCAACAACGUGGACAUCGCGCAGGAGGAAGUGCGGCAGGCCAAAGUAAGACACUGCACUUUGACGACUGAGCUGCAUCGCGUUGUUGAAGUUAAAGAGUCGCUUGAGCGUAGGCUGGAAGACACGGAGCUUCAGUUUUCUACCAUACAGCAGGAGCAACAAAAGUUAAAAAGAGAAUUCUGUGAGGUGGAGCGGCGGUUGCUUGAUUUAAGUCAGAUGCACGAAGCGGAUGUCUACCUCAACGUCAGAUGUGGAGGCGAAGACAGCGAGUGGCUCGAAAAGGCAGCGCGUGAAAAGGAAGCCAUUGAGCAGCAGAAGCGUUUAGUUCAAAAGCUUAACAAGGAGCUUCUGGAAGCAAUAACGGAACAGAAAGCCUCUCUCCUUGAUAUGGAUCGCCAGAUUGCCCUUAUGCAGCGAGGGGCGACCUCUCAUAAUGGUGAGGCGAACCUAACACAAGAGUCUAAUGGCGGGGUAAGCCAAUUCCAGGGUUGUAUCGACGGGGAGGGAUGA